AUGUCGGAGAGUACUAGCCCUAGUGUGUUAAGUUAUUUGCGACAAUAUAGAUUUCAACGAAAACCUACACCUGGCUCUAGUGGAACAAUCACAGUUAUAAGACCGUCAGGUUCUCAGUCUCAGAUAAGAAUGCCAGCUCCAACAACGUCAAAUGGUCCAAUUGUAUAUAAGAGAAUAAGGAUACCAGACUCAGAUUCUGAUGAUGCAGGCUCCCCAGCAAAAAGACCGGCUAUAGUGGAACUAACUACAGCAAUAAAAGAACGAAGAUUUAGAAAUAUGGUUGAAAUGUUUCCAGAUAUAUCACCAUUGUUUGUUAAAAAUACAUUAGUUAAACAUGGCUGGAAUGAAGAGAAAACUCGUGAUGAGCUACUAAAGCAUGAUCCUGAGAGUGAUGAUAAACCAGCCACAUCCAGCUUUUUUGGCUCAAGGCCAGGUUUUUCUGGUGUAGCCAGGGUUAAUGGGACCACAAUAAUAAGGGUAACAAAUAGUCAGGGGCAAACUGCUAUUGUAAGGAAAAAAGUCAUGCCUAAAGUCGGUGGGGUCCGACGAGGUAGUAGUGGUAGUGAGGAUGAUGACUACGGUGUUAGGAAAGGCAAAGACGAUAAAGUCUAUGAUAGUGACGAUUCGGAUAAUGAAAUAACAGAUGAUCUGAUUGGAGACAAACGGAAAGUUUUUGAAUUUCUUAACACCAGCAGUUUCAAUGAACUGUCAUUGCUUAGCGGUUGCUCACAAAAGAAAGCUGAAGCCAUUAUUGCUCAGAGGCCCUUCAGGGGAUGGUUAGAUAUGGUACAAAAAUUUAAUGAUAACAAAAUGCUGAGUACAGAUCUAUUAAAUUCAACCCAAGAAUUACUCUGCACUAGGAAUAAUAUACAACGUUUGAUGAAGAAAUGUGUGGGUUUAGCCCAACAGUUGGAGGCUGCCGUUGCCGCUGGAGCGGGAAGACUAACACAACCUGGAAUUUUAGAUUCUAGUUUAACGCUAGCCCCAUAUCAACUAGUGGGUUUGAAUUGGCUCGCUGUGUUGCAUAAGCAGGGUGUCUCUGGUAUCUUAGCCGAUGAGAUGGGUCUAGGGAAGACAGUACAAGUGAUAUCCUUCCUCGCACAUCUUAAAGAAACAGGACAAGCCAAGGGGACACAUUUGAUUGUAGUGCCUGCAUCUACUUUGGACAACUGGAGCACUGAGCUUGCCCGUUGGGUUCCCUCAUUCCGUGUGAGCAGGUACUAUGGCCCACCUGAAGAACGUCGCUUGCUUCGUAUUGAGUACGCCAAACGACUUGACCAAUACGAUGUGGUUCUUACUACAUACACAAUGGUAAGCAGUUGUCCAGAGGAACGGAAGAUGUUUCGCAUAACACCCAUGCACUAUGUGAUAUAUGACGAGGCUCAUAUGCUCAAGAAUAUGGCCACGCAACGCUAUGACAACCUGCUGAAGAUCAAGUCAAAACACAGACUUCUUCUAACCGGUACACCACUCCAGAAUAAUUUGAUAGAAUUAAUGUCGCUGUUAUGCUUUGUUAUGCCUCAUAUGUUCUCCGGAAAGACUGAUGACUUGAAGAAUCUCUUUCAGAAAAAUUCUAAAGCAAAAGCAACUAAAAAAGCGACUGAAAAGAAGGAAGAUGACGUACCACCGUUUGAACAAAGCCAGAUAACUCAAGCUAAGCGUAUUAUGAAACCUUUUGUCCUUCGUCGGUUAAAGGCAGAUGUUCUUCAAGACCUGCCGAAGAAAACUAAUCACAUGGUGCCCUGUGCCAUGUCUGAUAGGCAGCAAAGGCUGUACAAGAACCUUAUAGCUGCGUUUUCGUCUUCUAAAGAUGGAAUGGUUCACGCAACAACAGAACAGAGCGGCAUGUCAAUGAUGAUGGAUAUGCGGAAAUUGGCGAACCACCCACUUCUCCUCAGAUACCAUUACCUUGACUCGCAAGUCCGGCAAAUAGCAGCCCGACUGGCCAGGGACCCAGGGUAUAAGGAGAAGAACGAGCAGUACGCGUAUGAAGACUUGCUCUGUCUGUCUGACUUUCAGAUACAUCUGCUGACGUUGCAGUAUCCUUGUAUCAAGUCCUUCUCAGUUCCUUCAAGUUUAAUAGAAGACUCCGGAAAAUUCAAGAAGUUGGACGAGAUGCUUCCCAAAAUGAAAGAGGAGGGUCACCGAGUGUUGAUAUUCAGCCAGUUUACCAUGAUGCUGGACAUCUUGGAACCUUACUUGCAGCUCAGAAGAUAUCGGUAUAUCCGGCUAGAUGGCAGCACUGCUGUCAGUGAUAGGCAAGAAUUAAUAGACCAAUACAAUAGUGAAGAUAUUUUCGUGUUCCUUCUAUCGACUAAGGCUGGUGGAUUGGGGAUUAACCUCACGGCAGCUGACACCGUCAUCAUUCACGAUAUUGACUUCAAUCCUUAUAAUGAUAAACAGGCUGAAGAUAGAUGUCAUAGAAUGGGUCAAACUCGUCCCGUGAACAUUUAUAGACUGUUGAGUGCUGGCACCAUCGAAGAAGGCAUUUACCAAGUAGCACAAGAGAAGCUGACCCUAGAAAAACACGUCACUGGAGUUGACGAAAAUGAACCUACGGAGCAAAAGAACGUCGUACGUUUAUUGUCAGCAGCCUUAGGAAUAAUAUCACCUACCAAAUGA